CCUCCACCUCCGGGCAUGCCGGAGCUAUCGUUUUCGGAGUCGUGGUGAUGCCGAUAAUGAGUGCGAGGACGUCACCACCAACAUAUUUCUGAAGAGUCAUUGGUAUCUAUCGACAGAAUAUAAAUGGCCUGGUGAUCCGGAACGAGAGGAGGAACACAUCAACCUCAGCCGCAGCAAGCAUACGAACCACCACACAAGACCACCACCUCACCUCCAGCCUCUAAAUCUCCACUCCCCAACCCCAAAACCACCAUGACCUCAGUCCAGCACCUCGCCUUCUUCGGCGCCACCGGCGGUUGCGCGCUAAACGCACUGAUCCACUCUCUUACCGUGGGGCACAUCUGCACCGCUUUGGCCCGCACCCCCUCCAAGCUGAUCACACUACUCACCGCGGCCGCCGCGCCCACCGAGAACCUAACCAUCAUCCCGGGGGACAUCGACACGCCAUCGGCGGUAGCCGACACACUCUCCAACGCCACAACGGUGAUCUUCGGCGUGGGCGGGGCACCCGCAUUCUCGCCGAACCCGCUCACGUUCUUCAUGACGCUGAGCGACCCUACGAUCUGCGAGCGGGGGAUCACGCAGGUGCUCUCGGCGCUGCGCGCUCGCGCGCAGCGCCCCCUGGUCUGCGUCAUCUCCACUACCGGCCUGGGCGACAAGAGCGAUCUGCCGCUCGCCAUGCGGCCGCUGUACAAAGCUCUCGAUGUCCCGCAUAGGGAUAAGCGCGGCAUGGAGGAGCUGGUGGUUAAAGCGGAGCAGGAGGGGGUCCUGGAAGCGUAUGUCAUCGUUAGGCCCGCGCUGUUGACCGAUGGUGAGAAGACGGCGAAGCUCAGGGCCGGGUAUAGGGGUAGGGCGAAGACGGGUGGAGGCUGGGGGGAUGUCCAGGGCGAGGCUGUUGGAUGCACCGUCAGCAGGAGGGAUGUGGGCCACUGGAUCUUUGAGGAGGUCGUGCAGGGACGCGGCGGCGAGUGGAAGGGACACGGUGUGAGUCUGGCGUAUUAGGCGGGCCAUCAUGAAGGAUGGGGAGUUAGGAGUUUGCGAUGCGGUUUUGCGACUAUGUCACCAUGGAAGGGUCUUUUUUUUGUUUUAUGUCUGAUUCGAUUCGAGGUUCUUCAAUACAAAAAGUAAUCAAUAAUCGUUGUGUCGCUGGUUUUAUAGUGUCCCUGCUUGUGAUUCCAGUAUUGUGACCUACUGAAAGUCACGAUCGCUUUGGCACCGCAGUACUCUCUUCCAGUCGACGGUGGGGUCUGGGGCCAAUUAACAACGGUGUUGCACAAUGUCUCACUCGCACUCGACCACGACUUCGGAGUCUCGGACCCGUGGAUUGCCGACUGUCCAAUCAAUUAUCAGC